UCCUUCGUCUUCUUCAAACUUCCAUCGAUGGCUCCAAGCAAGGCCACCCCUGAUCUUCCCCCAAUGUCUGACGACACCUCCACGCAGUACGCUAUAGCACUGGACGGCCAGAGUCGAACCUUCACGGUCAAUGGCCACCACCCGUUCCUCACCGACGUCCCCCGCAACGUGGUCGCCACUCCCUCGCCCUACGGCAGCAAGUUGGCCGGUGUGGGGGCGGCGGCUUCUUCUUCCCCGGGGUGCUUCGUGGGGUUCGACGCUGCAGAGGCCGAGAGCCGGCACGUGGCGCCGGUGGGGAGGCUGAGGGACAUCCGGUUCAUGAGCAUUUUCCGGUUCAAGGUGUGGUGGACGACUCACUGGGUCGGAUCCAAUGGCCGAGAUCUCGAGAGCGAGACUCAGCUGGUGAUGCUCGAGAGGUCGGGUUCGGGUCGCCCGUACGUGCUGCUGCUUCCGCUCCUGGAGGGCCCUUUCCGCGCUUCUCUUCAACCUGGUGACGACGAUUGCAUUGACAUUUGCGUCGAGAGCGGCUCGACCAAAGUUGCCGCGAGCAAGUUCCGGGCCAUUCUCUACAUGCAUGCUGGUGAGGACCCAUUCGCCCUGGUCAAGGACGCCAUCAAGGUGGCCCGGGCUCACCUGGGCACCUUCAAGCUCCUCGAGGAGAAGACCCCUCCUGGCGUGGUGGACAAGUUCGGGUGGUGCACGUGGGACGCGUUCUACCUCACCGUGCACCCUCAGGGCAUAUGGGACGGCGUUGCAGGCCUCGUUGAGGGUGGGUGCCCGCCCGGGCUCGUCCUGAUCGACGACGGGUGGCAGUCCAUCGCCCACGACACGGACCCAAUCACAAAGGAAGGCAUGAACCAGACCGUGGCCGGCGAGCAGAUGCCCUGCAGGCUCCUGAAGUUCCAAGAGAACUACAAGUUCAGGGACUACAUGAGCCCGAAGGCGAAGCACAGCGGGCCCAGGGGAAUGGGGGCCUUCGUUAAGGACCUUAAGGAGGAGUUUGGGACCGUGGAGUACGUUUACGUGUGGCACGCAUUCUGCGGGUAUUGGGGUGGGAUCAGGCCGGAGGUGCCGGGCCUGCCGGAAUCCACCGUGAUCAAGCCCCAGUUGUCGCCUGGGCUCGAGAUGACGAUGGAGGAUCUAGCUGUGGACAAGAUCGUGAACACCGGGGUGGGGCUGGUGCCACCGGAGAAGGCGGAUCAGAUGUACGAGGGGCUUCACUCGCACUUGGCGUCCGCUGGCAUUGAUGGUGUCAAGGUGGAUGUCAUUCACUUGCUGGAAAUGUUGUGCGAGGAUUACGGUGGGAGGGUAGAGCUUGCCAAGGCCUAUUUCAAAGCCCUAACAGCCUCUGUUAGGAAACAUUUCAAGGGAAAUGGUGUGAUUGCUAGCAUGGAGCACUGCAAUGAUUUCAUGUUCCUCGGCACCGAAGCCGUUACCCUCGGUCGUGUUGGCGAUGAUUUCUGGUGCACCGAUCCAUCGGGGGACCCGAACGGCACGUUUUGGCUCCAGGGGUGUCACAUGGUGCAUUGCGCAUACAACAGCCUGUGGAUGGGCAACUUCAUCCACCCGGAUUGGGACAUGUUCCAGUCGACGCACCCGUGCGCCGAGUUCCACGCCGCUUCUCGAGCCAUCUCCGGUGGCCCUAUCUACGUGAGCGACUCGGUCGGGAAGCACGACUUCCAGCUGCUCAAGACCCUUGUGUUGCCUGACGGGUCCAUCCUGAGAUGUGAAUACUAUGCCCUCCCGACUAGGGAUUGCCUUUUCGAAGAUCCUCUGCAUGAUGGCAAGACCAUGCUCAAAAUAUGGAACCUUAACAAGUACACUGGUGUUGUCGGAGCAUUCAACUGCCAAGGAGGAGGAUGGUGUCGCGAAUCGAGACGGAACCAAUGCUUCUCCCAGUUCUCACAAACGGUGACGUCCAAGACCAACCCCAAGGACAUUGAAUGGAGCAGUGGCAAGAACCCUAUACCCAUUGAAGGAGCACAAGGAUUUGCCAUGUACAUGUUCAAGUCCAAGAAGCUGUCUCUCUCAAAGCCUUCUGAAGACAUGGAAAUCUCACUGGAGCCGUUCAACUUCGAGCUCGUGACCGUCUCUCCGGUCACGAUCUUGACCGAGAAACCGGUGCAGUUCGCUGCCAUCGGCUUAGCCAACAUGCUCAACACCGGCGGAGCUAUUCAGUCCAUGUCCUUUAAGGGCAAUUUGGCCGAAGUCGGGGUCAGAGGAGCAGGGGAAAUGAGGGUUUAUGCCUCCAUCGAGCCAAGAGCUUGCAAAAUUGACGGGCGCGACGUCACUUUCGAAUACAAGGAGAACAUGGUCAUCGUUCAAGUUCCAUGGACAGGUUCUGGAGAACUGUCCAAGGUUGAGUACUCAUUCUAGAGAUGUAAUGGGACUGUCUUUAUCAUUAUUACUAUGUUGCGGAGGAUAAUGGCUAGGGUGAUCAAUGUAAGCCCAAUUAAGCCUUACUAGAUACAAUAUCAGAUGAUAGCAAUUUCC